AUGGAGCCAGACUUUGAUCGCUUUAGUCUUCUGCUUAUCAUUGCCAGUCAAAAACGACGUGAUAACUUCAGACAUCUCGGGCAUAUUAUAACUCGUCAAACUGUUGAACUGUUCCAGGUCUUUGCGGGUCUCGGGGUCGUUCAUUACUUUGGGGAUCACCAUGAUCAGCAGCAGUGCAACUCUCCAUUGCUCGCGAACCUGGAAGUACCUGAAGGGAGUUACAGCCCUCAUUUUCAACGGAUAAGGCACCUGGAUCACCUGAGAGGUCUGGAUCAAGUUUACUUUCCUCGCUCGGAAUUUACCCUUGGAGUUUAUUUCUACUCUCACUGGAACGAUCAAGGUCCACCAGAAUCUGUAACAUCUUUAGGGCACUUUGAAUGGUCAGUCCAGGAUGAUCUUGUAGCUAAAAUAGAUAUUGAACAAGUUCCAUUUUUUAAUGCUCCAAUUUACACUGAAAAUAAACAACAAAUUGGAAAAAUUGACGAAAUAUUUGGCAAUAUUCGGGAUUAUUAUGUUUCAAUAAAACUUUUAGAAAACCUAAAUUACUACCUCUUACCAGGAUCAAUUGAGAAACCCCGCAGGCCACCGGUACCAAUCUCCAGUUUCAACAAACCUCAGGAAGAGGAGCCGGAUAUUGUUCAGCAGUGUCUCGAUAAGACGAGCGAAAAACUUCCAAAGCCAGUUUUUAAUAAUAGGCGCAGCGAGGCGAAAACUAGUUUAAGUCGGAAUCAAGUCCCGAGAACUGCUGCAGGGUCCAGCGAGCUCCCAUCUUGUAGUUUCGUUUCCGUGCCGCAAAAUAGCGAGAGUAAUGUUACUCAGUCGACAGCUCCCAAGCAAUUAUUUAGCGGAUUAGUUUUUUUUAAUACUCGGGCAUGA